AUGGUUUGGGUAUAUAUGGUUGAUCGUAACUUGGCUGUGUUGAAGCCAAUAUGGAUGAAGCAAUCAGAAGAGGCAAAAAUAAAGAGCGAAGCUCAGAAAGACACAACGGCUAAAGCUGCCUUCGAGGCUACCUUCAAGGACGUUGAGAAGAAUCGAGAGCCUGCUCCUUUAUCAGAUGCUCCUUUACCAGAUAAUGAUGGUGAUGAAGAAGACUUGACUAGAAAGCCUAUUGAGAGCCAUGGUUGCAAAUCUGGUUUUGUUUCGGGUGAAUUUGGUGUUCGAUUUGUUGAUUUUAGGGGAGAACGAAGAUAG